UCUUUCUUCUCCCAAAGCUCGCUCGUUCGUCUCCGUGGAGGUCUACAGAGCAAAAACACGAACAAACUCAGCUGAAGAAACGAUGAUGAGAAGGAGAUCGAUUGCUUUAAAUUUGAAAGCUUUGAGAUUGGUUCAGCCUCAUCUCUUGGAGACAGGUACUCUUAGAACUGAUUUGCUCUAUAGCCUUUCUGGGUUCUUCUUAUCUAGCUUCGACCGAGACUUUUCUGAUGUUAGCAAUAGGAAAGUCUGUUUCAGAGAGAGAUUGAGAAGUGGGAUUGUUGAUAUUAAGGAAGAUGAUGCUGUUGAUCUGUUUCAAGAAAUGGUUGGGUCUCGUCCUCGUCCUACUCUAGUUGAUUUCAGUAGGUUGUUUAGCGCCGUUGCAAGAACAAAACAGUUCAGUCUCGUUUUAGAUUUCUGCAAGCAGAUGGAAUUGAGUGGGAUUGCACAUAACAUCUACACUUUGAACAUUAUGAUCAAUUGCUUCUGCCGGUGUUGUGAAUCUUGUUUUGCUUAUUCUGUGUUGGGGAAAGUUAUGAAGCUUGGGUAUGUGCCUGACACUACCACGUUUAACACUCUUGUCAAUGGACUCUGUCUCGAGGGUAAAGUGUCUGAAGCUGUGGGUUUAGUUGAUAAGAUGGUGGAGAACGGAUGUCAACCCGAUGUGAUUACUUAUAAUUCAAUUGUGAAUGGAAUAUGUAAAUCAGGAGAUACUUCUUUGGCCUUGGAUUUGCUCAGAAAGAUGGGAGAAAGAAAUGUUAAGGCUGAUGUGUUUACUUAUAGUACAAUCAUUGAUAGUCUUUGUAGAGAUGGUUCCAUGGAAGCUGCCAUUAACCUUUUCAAUGAAAUGGAACUGAAAGGUAUCAGAUCUAGUGUUGUUACGUAUAAUUCUCUUGUUGGUGGUCUUUGUAAAGCUGGUAAAUGGAAAGAAGGUACACAGUUGCUGAAGGAUAUGUUGAGUAGGAAAAUCACUCCUAAUGUCAUCACUUUCAAUGUGUUGAUUGAUGUUUUUGUCAAAGAAGGGAGGCUUCAGGAGGCUAACGAAUUGCACAAGGAGAUGAUCGCAAGAGGCAUAUCUCCUAAUACUAUUACUUAUAACUCCUUGGUAGAUGGGUUUUGCAUGCAGAACCGCCUUAGCGAGGCUAAGCAUAUGUUGGAUCUUAUGGUUCGGAAUAAUUGCAGUCCUGAUAUCGUGACUUUUACAAGUCUCAUAAAAGGAUAUUGCAAGGUGAAAAGGGUUGAAGAUGGUAUGAAACUCUUCCGCAAGAUUUCUAAGAGAGGCUUGGUUGCCAAUACGGUUACUUACAGCAUUCUUGUCCAAGGGUUUUGUCAAUCCGGGAAACUAAAGAUCGCAGAGGAACUUUUCCAAGAAAUGGUUUCACGCGGUGUUCGUCCUGAUGUUAUGACAUAUGGUAUUUUGCUUGAUGGUUUGUGUGACAAUGGGAAGCUUAAACAGGCGUUGGAAAUUUUUGAGGAUUUGCAAAAGAGUAAGAUGGAUCUUGAUAUUGUUAUGUAUACAAUCAUCAUUGAGGGGAUGUGCAAGGGUGGAAAAGUGGAAGAUGCAUGGCAUUUAUUCUGUAGCCUACCUUGUAAAGGGUUGAAGCCUAAUGUUAGGACAUACACCGUGAUGAUUUCAGGAUUAUGUAAGAAAGGGUCACUGCCUGAAGCAAACAUCUUGCUUAGAAAAAUGGAGGAAGAUGGGAAUGCGCCAGAUGAUUGUACAUACAACACACUGAUCCGGGCACAUCUCCGAGAUGGUGACUUAGGUGCAUCAGCUAAACUUAUUGAAGAAAUGAAGAGUUGUGGGUUUGCAGCAGAUACUUCCACUGUUAAGAUGGUUAUUGAUAUGUUAACGAGUGGUGAAUUGGACAAAAGCUUUCUAGAUAUGCUUUCUUAGUGGUUUGGUGUUUUUCCAUUUGCCUUUUUUUUUUGGCUUGGUUAACACCAAAAUAUUUUUGCUUAGCAAAGGUUCAUAGAGCCGACGAGAUCUCCAGGAGUUAAGCGUUUGAGACUACAAGUGUGGCUAGAUAAGAAGAACCUAAUGAAAGAGCUGCAGCUCUUAGAUAAUUUAGAGUUCAUAAGCAUAACUUUCUCGUCAAGUUUGGUUGGGGAGCAUCAAUUGGUAUACGAUCCCAGAGUAGGGAGAUGUAUUCAACACAUUUCUAUUAGGGAGCAUCCUGGAGAAUCGGUAAGAGUAUUAGUUUUGGCAGCUACAAGUAAGUAAUGUCUGUAGCAUGUGGAUAGAGAAUUGCGGAAUGAUGGAGAUAAAAAUAGAGAAGACAUCAUGUUUCUUAAACCUCUCUAGCUAGUGUGGUAAUAGACGGGUGAGAUAGUGUAAAGGAAUUGACGUGGCUCCUGCUCGCUCCAAACCUAGUUUAUCUUGGCGUUCUUAAUUCAAAGAGAAAGCUGCGAGCUAUAUGGAGCCAGUUUUCAACGUCUGAUACUCAUAGACAGUUGUCCGAAGCUGAGAAAGCUUCCACUGGAUGUCUGGAUUCUAAAAGCGUCAGUAAGACUGAAGAAUUGGUCAUAGAAUACUCUGAGGAAGAAUGGACAGAAAGAGUUGAAUGGGAGGAAGAUGCCACAUGACACCGUUUCUUAUCUUCCUCUUUUUGAUUGUUGGUUGACGUAAUGAUUUAGUAAAAUUUAGUAAAACUCAAAAUUGUGUGUUUCUAUUGUCUUUCAGUUUUAAUGUCUCAACUCUCAAGUAAGUUAUCAAAAACAUAUUUGUACUACAGUCUACAGUCGCAACAUUUGAAAUCAACAAUUAAUUUACACA